ACAAACCUCAAACCCACCAUGCAAUCCCGUGCAGCCUAUUUUGUGUCCGUUUUCGUGUUGGCAACGAUCGGUUUUCAAUGUGUGGCGGCCCAAAGCAACCCUUGGCGUCGACAGAACGACAGCUUCGCCUCAGAAACCGCCAGUGACCGUAGCCAACGGCUAGGCCUCACUACGGGUUAUGGAGGCGUGAACGGCUACGGUUACUCCAGCUCCGGUCUUGGCACCUAUACCCCGCUUAAGAUCGAUCUGGGAGGUGUCGUACUAGGCACGUUGGUCGGUAUCGGUGCUUUGCUGCUGCUACCGAAGCUGGUCAACGUGAUUGGCGGUGGAUAUGGUAGCUCAGGUCACUACAGAAGCGCAGACAGCGACCCAACCGGUAUUUCCGACCUGAUGAACAAGGUGGAUGACUAUCUGGCGCAGAACAACAUCGAUUCCGGCGCAUGUAUGCAGAAAGCCGUCUGCAGCUACCUUCGUUCGUCCGACUAUCACGCACAAGUUGGCACAGCUGAUCAGGUCGAGCACAUGAUUCUAGCCCUUUCCGAGAACUCGAUCGUUGACUACAUGCUUGACGGGACGGCAAUUAAAGAAGCGAUCAAGAAUGGCAAAGCGCAAACGGCUCGAUCGUGCGAUGAGAUGUACUCGACCUGCCCGCUAGAUCGUCAGUCUACGCUGAAGCUGUUCAAGAAGAUGUUCCCGAUCGGAAACUAG